AAACGGCCGCCUUAAACAUGGCAGCGCCCAUGAUGAACGUCGUGCAGUAGUUGGUGCUCUGUGUCAAAGAUGAACCACAGCACAAAGUCACCCGAUAAUUGCUGGUUUAAGAGCUAACGAGAGCGAAACCGUUGCGUACAGUAUGGACAAACGAGAAUUCACGGCCUCCCUUGUGGCAGGCGGUUGUGCAGGAAUGUGUGUAGAUCUUACUCUCUUCCCUCUGGACACCAUAAAGACAAGGUUACAGAGCCAGCAGGGCUUCUACAAGGCGGGAGGCUUCCGGGGCAUCUACGCAGGGGUCCCGUCCACCGCUAUAGGCUCCUUUCCCAACGCUGCUGCAUUCUUCGUCACCUAUGAAAGCACCAAGUCCCACCUUGCUGGCUAUGCUGCUUCAAAAUUGGCCCCCAUCACUCACAUGCUGGCUGCUUCACUAGGAGAAAUUGUCGCCUGUCUGAUCCGUGUACCGACUGAAGUGGUAAAACAGAGAACACAGGCCAAUCCCUCCCUCAGUACCUAUCGGGUGCUGCUGAAUACGCUACAAGAAGAGGGUUUCAGAGGGUUAUACAGAGGUUACGGCAGUACAGUCCUCAGGGAGAUCCCGUUCUCGCUGGUGCAGUUUCCUCUCUGGGAGUACCUGAAGGCCGUGUGGUGGAGGAGGCAGGGGGGACGGCUGGACUCUUGGCAGGCUGCAGUGUGUGGAGCUGUUGCAGGUGGAAUAGCAGCGUUCGUUACGACUCCGCUGGAUGUGGCAAAGACUUGGAUAAUGUUGGCUAAGGCCGGGACGAGCACAGCCAAUGGAAAUAUCUCUCUGGUUUUGUAUGAGGUGUGGAAGAGUCGAGGAAUACAUGGACUGUUCGCGGGCAGCAUUCCUCGAGUGACAUUCAUCAGCAUGGGAGGCUUCAUUUUCCUCGGAGCAUAUGAGAAAGUGCGUCGUACACUUUUAUAAACACCAUCUCCAUGGAACAGGUCUAUUUGUGCCGUAAGCUUUUCUCAACCCAAGCCAUGAGAAUCUGCAAAUAUAUUGUCUGAGACCAGCAGCAAACCAACACUGCAGAUGGGAGGGAGGCUGGUCAAGCCUGCCUGAGAAAAGCACCCUCUGUCCCAGAUUGAACCGGUGGUCUUGAGGGCCACAACUAAGACACCUGGUGCCUGAAUAAAAAGUUUGCAUCCCUGGUCAUCAGUACUCAACAUAUAGAAUUUAACUGCUUGAAUUGCAAUUCCUUUGCACAACAGAUCAUGUUAAAACUCUAAUGUGAUUUUUGCAAUUAAUGUAUGGAAGUCUACAUGAAUCCCUAAACAUACUAUUAAAAAGUGUUUUUAUAAUAAUGCGUGCAUGU